GUUUGGGGCGGUGUCUUCAGCAUUUCAUGAAUUAAUCGCGUCUCCAUUUUCAUCCGGAGGCAGAUGAUAGGUUUGAGAUAAGGCUGCCGGGGUGCUGGAUAGUGGCUGGAUGGAGCCGGUGUUGACGCUGGAGUCAAGCUUGUGGGUUGGAAAUAAACGAUACCGAGGCGUGCUGACUGGCUGGAAAUUCAACUGGACCGAGGUAGAUAAGAAGAAUCGCGAUAAGAAAACAAUUUCAGUGUUUGUGGCGGACAUCGUUGGUGUGGAGGAUGGACAGGUUUACAUCCUGCCCCACAAGUCUGCAGUGGACACAGAUAAAAUCUUCACCGUUUUCUAUGUGAAGCGUAUCAGACGUAGGGGGGCUAAUGGUGUGCUAUGGAGACUGAGCCGGACCCAGUUUAGCUGUCCUAGCCGUGCCCUCAGAGACCAGUGGACCAAACAUCUAAGAGCUGCUCUCAAAACUCACAGUCCUUUGCGUCCCAGCAGUUUAUUGGUGUUUAUUAACCCAUUUGGAGGGAAGAAGAGAGGAAGAGACAUAUAUCACUCUCUAGUGGCUCCUAUCUUUGAGCUGGCUGGCAUCAGCUGCCAUGUUAUAGUAACUGAGCGGGCAAACCAGGCGAGAGACCACUUGCUGAAGAAAGACUUGACGGGCUUUGAUGGUGUGGUGUGUGUGGGUGGGGAUGGCAUGUUCAGUGAAGUACUCCAUGGUGUGAUUGGACGAACACAACAAGAGGCUGGCCUCUGCGAGAAUGAUCCUGCUGUGGCAUUACAACCUUGUCCGCUUCACAUUGGCAUCAUCCCUGCAGGCUCCACAGACUGUGUGUGUUACGCUACUGUGGGGGUGAUCGACCCCGUCACUUCAGCUUUGCAUAUCAUCAUUGGGGACUCUCAACCUUUGGACGUGUGCUCAGUGCAUCAUGGCAACACUCUGGUGCGCUACUCUGUGUCCCUGUUGGGCUAUGGCUUCUAUGGUGACGUGCUGGUAGAGAGUGAAAAACAUCGUUGGAUGGGGCCUCUCAGAUAUGACUAUGCCGGCACGAUGGUAUAUCUGAACAACAGGAGCUAUGCAGGCAUAGUUCAGUUUCUGCCAGCUGACCCACUGCUUUCCAGCCCCAGGGACAAAACACGCUGUCUCGCAGGGUGCAAUGUAUGUUCCAGGAGCACAGAAAGACUUUUCCCACACACUCCAGAUGCUAGCUCGCUCUACAGCUCCCACCUCAGCCAGAUCAGUGGAGACUCAGAUGGUGACUGGGUGAGCGUGGAGGGCAAGUUCAGGUGUGUGUCUCUCACUUGUAUGUCCUGCUCGUGUCCCAGAAGUCCUCUCGGCCUCUCUCCAUCCGCUCACCUGGCAGACGGAACAGGGGAUCUCAUCCUGGUGUGGGACACUCACCCACUGGCGUUCCUCCAGUACCUCUACAGGCAUACAAGCACACAGGACCGGUUUGAUCUGCCGUUUGUGGAAGUCCACCGAGUGAGGGCUGUUCGCUUCUCCGUCUUGUCUCAUGAAGAAGAGGACGCAUACAAGGAGGUAGGAGAGCCAACUGAAGUAGAAGCAAUAGCAGCAGAAGAAGAGGAUGGAGGAUAUGUGGAGGACAUAUGCAGGAGUGGAUCUCAGCAGCACUUCACAGAGAAACUUGGGGGACGUCCAAAGGCAACAUGCGCCCCCCUCUGUGGUCUGUGCUGCAGGAAAGCCCCCACUUCGUCUGCGUGGAACUGUGAUGGAGAGAUUCUACCGUUUACUGAUAUCCUCUGCAGGAUUCACGGACAGUUGGUACGACUCUACGCCAGAGGCAUAGAAGAUGCAGCGGCUAAGCACGGUUGCAACGAGAAACUGGUGAAAAGUGAAAGACGAUGACAAAUAGGGUCAUGGCCAGGGGAAAAGGGGACGGGACAGAAUGAGCAUGGACUGAAGAGAGGUAACUGUAAUGUUUUUUUUAAGGAUUGAAAUAAUAUACUAUGUUCACAUGUGUGAAUUUGUUGUCACAAUAAGAUACUCCGAGGUUUAUUUGCUGUUAGUUUUGAGUUUAUGUUUGUAUUUAUAUGUUUCCUUGGUGUAAAAGUCAA